UCCUCCCCUCUCUCUGUUCCCCAUCCUCUUUCCCUUCAUCCGUGGGCUGACCGAACAAAACGAGUUGGACUUUCCAAGCUUGAACGGGACAGAUUAGCCCCAAGGAAGGGGGUUGCAGAAGAACAGAAGGGGGGGAGACAUCUCAGGGGAGAAGCUUCUUUUCUCUUGCCUCAGCAGGACAGAGAGAAAGAAAGACAAGUAAGGGAGAGGCAGUGUGCUCUUUUCAAUGCAGAGGAGCCUUUUUUCUUUGCUUGGGUUUCCUUUUAUUCGCCCUGCUUUGUUUCUCCGUUCCCUGUUGUCCCGAGUGUGGGGAAAAACUGAACUCGUGAGGACAGGAGUUCCACAACAGGCUUGUGUGAAGCUAGCAUUUGCUGGCCAGAUUCAGUGGACACCAGCCUGACACCCCACGCUUUGAUGAGGUAACAGUCAACCAAUUUGCCCACCAUCCCACUGAGGAACCAUGGGCCAGAAGAUUUCAGGAAGCAUCAAGUCAGUGGACGUGAGAGGCGAGCCCUCCUACCGCCCUUUACGGAGAGAACUCCGAGGUCCAGAUUUCUUCAAGCCAGCCAGACUCGAUCUGCUGCUGGAUAUGCCAUCAGUGUCUGCUGAGCAUCAGCUACAACAUGCUUGGAACCCAGACGACCGCUCUCUCAAUAUCUUCAUCAAGGAAGAUGACAAGCUGACUUUCCACCGACACCCGGUGGCCCAGAGCACAGACUGCAUCCGAGGGCGAGUCGGCUAUACACGUGGCCUACAUGUUUGGCGCAUUCAUUGGCCCGCCAGGCAGCGGGGCACUCAUGCCGUAGUGGGUGUGGCCACAUCAGAGGCACCGCUCCAUUCUGUGGGAUACACCUCUCUGGUAGGUAGUGACAGUGAGUCCUGGGGCUGGGACCUGGGCCGCAACAAGCUCUACCACAACAACAAAAACCGACCAGCUUCAUCAGCACCCACCUACCCCAGCUUUCUUGAACCUGAGGAAGCCUUUGUGCUCCCUGACACCCUGGUGGUGGUGUUGGAUAUGGAUGAGGGGACACUUAGUUUCAUGGUGGAUGGACAGUACCUUGGAGUGGCCUUUAGAGGGCUCAAGGGAAAGAAGCUGUAUCCCAUCGUUAGUGCAGUAUGGGGACACUGUGAGAUCACCAUGCGCUACAUCAAUGGCUUGGAUCCUGAGCCCCUGCCUCUGAUGGACCUGUGUAGGAGAGCAGCGCGUCUAGCUCUGGGCCGUGACCGAUUGCAGCAGAUUGAGACUUUGCCUUUACCCCAGUCUCUAAAAAAUUACCUCCAAUACCAAUGAAGUGGACAGAUCCAUGCAACACACACAGGCUCACCAAGCGCAAGCCUCCAGAUGCAGCAACUCUAGCGCCAACAACAGGGCAAAUGUUUACACUACAAUCUGAGGCUACUACCAGAGAUGUUCUGUUCCUUCCUUCUCCUUCCAAUUUUUUUUUUUAUGUUUUAACUUUCUAUAUUUUGGAUGGUAUGUAGAGGUGGACUGUGAAGUUGGAGUGUAAGGAUGCCGCAGCGCCCUCCACAGUUAGUGUCUCCGUGAAUGUUAGGGCUUGGAAUAAAAAAAGGUUAAACGACUUUGGGAAUGCUCAUUCGAGGCUCAUAUCGAGGCUUAAACAUUCCAGGAGGAAACCAAGCACCUUAGAGGACAGACUCUGGAGCUGGAGCUGAAGCGGUAUCCAGUUUCAAGCAGGUCUUACCCGUGCACAGUGGCGACCUCUCGCUACCUACAUUAAGACCUGAUUAAUGCGACAGUGCACUGAAAUAGCACAAACACUCCAAACAAACAUUUUCCCUCCCAAUCUAAUUUGAGUCACUUUUCUGUUUCUGAGUGUGUACCUUAAUUUUAAGGUGAGUGUGAUUUUUUCCCCCCCCAAAGUUGAUUUAUGACUAUUAUGAUACUGUUAUGAUCCUGUUACAAAUUUAGUGCUAUGUUUCAUUUUAUUUAUCUGGAUGUAAUUCCUUUUGAAUUGAAUAUGACACUGUGCAUACUAGCACAAGGACAUGAUAAAUCCAUCCCAAAUAGCUUUUUAUUUGAAACCAGGAUGCUGCUCCUUUUUUCUAUUAUUAUUAUUAUUAUUAUUAUUAUUAUUAUUAUUGAUGCUGGUUUGUCUGCGUGAUCAAACUGGAGAUCUGCAGUAAACAGUGGAAUGUAAGGACACUGCUAAACAUUAGUAUAUUUAAAAUGUGAAUAAAUACCAAGUGAAUGAGAACAGCGUUGCCAUUUUUAUUUUGGAAUUAUUGCUGUGAAUGUGUGUGUGGAGGAAAAAGGCAUUGCAUAAAUCUAUUUACAGCAAAACUACAUACUAUAAUUAGAGAUUUUGUCAUCUCACUUCAUAAGAAAAAAAAAGAUGUGGCCUCAGAAAUAAUAACACAAAUUUAAGAUGCUUAGCGUAGAUAUUAAUCUGUAAUGAAG